AUGGCUUUCCACACUCGCUCUAACAGCUUCCCUUCAAGGCCACACCCUAUCGUUCAAGAAGUAGACGAACAUUUGUGCAGAUUGAGGUCUUCUGAGGUCACCUCCGCAUCAUCAUCAAUCAGCUACAAACUAACUGGCCUUCAAGAAUUGCAUAGUUGUGUUGAUAGGUUGCUUCAGUUGCCCCUCACUCAACAAGCCUUGGCACAAGAGCAGAAUGAGAAAUCAACUAAUGAGCUAUUAGAUGGCUCUCUGAGGAUCUUGGAUGUUUGCAGCAGUGCCAAGGAUGCCCUGUUGCAGACCAAGGAAUACGCGCAGGACCUUCAAUCAAUCAUGCGAAGAAAGCGGGGAAGUGAAUCCGGAGCACUCACAACUGAGUUCAGGAAAUACUUGACCUCUAGGAAGAUGGUGAAGAAGGCAAUCCACAAGGCUAUGGGAAAUCUCAAGGCAUCCAGUUUCUCAUCCCUUAACAAGGACAACGAGACUAUUGCCGUUGUUAGCACAUUGAGAGAUGUCGAGGCAGUCACUCUCUCAGUGUUCGAAUCACUCCUGUCCUUCAUCUCUGGCCCAAAGUCAAAGCCAAGCAGCAGCUGGUCAUUGGUUUCCAAGAUUAUUCACACCAAAAGAGUAGCUUGUGAGGAAGAAACAGAAGCAAAUGAAUUUGCACAAGUGGAUGCUGCUCUGCAAUCAUUCAUUAAGACAAGCAAAUCUGACCACAAAAAUGCAGACAACCAGCUCAACAAUCUGGAGUCAUGCAUUCAAGAUCAGGAAGAACAACUUGAGUGCCUUUUUAGGCAGUUCAUCAAAACAAGAGUCUCCCUCCUCAACAUCUUAAACCACUAG